UGUAAACAUUAGCUGUUCUCUCCGCAAAGAGAAAACAGUUGGAGCAUUUUUCGUCACUGACUGUGCUACAUCUGGUCGUAGUAUCUCGAGCGGUCUCAUGUAAUGAAACCUCAUUCAUUCAUUUUCCGGCACAUUUAGCUUCUCUUUGUUCGCAAACUCGGCGCGGUGUUUGAGGCGCAGAGCUCCGCCAUUCUUUCGGACGUCGGUUAGUGUAUGCCUCGGUGACUGUCGGUUGCAGGCUGGGCGGUGACAGCACACUACAAUGAUCGAGCGACCAGAAACUGCGGUUCCUAGCAUCGCUCAGCGGAACCUGGAGGGCUAUGUGGGCUUUGCCAAUCUCCCCAACCAGGUGUACCGGAAGUCAGUCAAAAGAGGCUUCGAGUUUACGUUAAUGGUUGUAGGUGAGUCUGGACUUGGGAAAUCAACCCUCAUCAACUCUUUGUUCCUGACUGACCUGUACUCAAAGGACUACCCCGGGCCCUCUCUGCGCAUCAAGAAGACUGUACAGGUGGAGCAGUCCAAAGUGCUGAUCAAAGAAGGAGGGGUCCAGCUGACACUCACCAUUGUCGAUACACCAGGGUUUGGAGAUGCAGUGGACAACAGCAACUGUUGGCAGCCAGUCAUAAACUACAUUGACAGCAAGUGUGAAGACUUCCUGAAUGCAGAAUCCAGGGUAAAUCGCAGAUCCAUGCCAGACAACAGAGUCCAUUGCUGCCUGUACUUCAUUGCACCGUCUGGACAUGGUCUGAAGCCGCUGGACAUUGAGUUCAUGAAGAGGCUCCAUGACAAAGUCAACGUCAUCCCUCUUAUUGCAAAAGCCGACACCUUGACCCCUGAGGAGUGCCAGCUUUUUAAAAAACAGAUCAUGAAAGAGAUACAGGAGCACAAAAUCAAAAUUUAUGAAUUCCCAGACACAGAGGAUGACGAGGACAACAAGCUCAUCCGAAAGAUAAAGGAGAAGAUGCCUCUGGCAGUAGUCGGCAGCAAUGUGGUGAUUGAGGUGAACGGAAAGAAGGUCAGAGGUCGCCAGUACCCGUGGGGCGUGGCAGAAGAGGGCAUUUUUGUGGAGAACGGCGAACACUGUGACUUCACUGUGCUGCGCAACAUGCUCAUCAGGACUCACAUGCAGGAUCUGAAGGACGUCACUAACAACGUCCACUAUGAGAAUUACCGCAGUAAGAAACUCGCGGCCGUCACCUGCAAUGGAGUGGACACUUCCAAGACCAAGGGGCAGCUCACUAAGAGUCCCCUGGCACAGAUGGAGGAGGAGCGGCGGGAGCACGUGAUGAAAAUGAAGAAGAUGGAGGCCGAAAUGGAGCAGGUGUUCGAGAUGAAGGUGAAGGAGAAGAAGCAGAAACUAAAGGACUCGGAGGCUGAGCUGGAGCGGCGCCACGAACAGAUGAAAAGGAACUUGGAGGCUCAGUACAAAGAGCUGGAGGAGAAGAGACGAGUGUUUGAGGACGAGAAGGCCAACUGGGAGGCUCAGCAGAGGAUCCUCGAGCAGCAGAAACUGGACGCCUCCAAGACGAUGGAAAAGAACAAGAAGAAAGGGAAGAUCUUUUGAAGAGAGAGACAUCACCUGUCCCCCUCAGUUUUACACCAACUCAGUUUUUUCUUCAUUCUGCCUGAAGCUCACGUCUCCUGUGACCCUCAGAACACACACAACACACACACACACACACACACACCAUUAAACACACACUGAGACAUGCAAGUACCCACAACAUCCCACACACGUGUUUCUCUGCAGGGUUUUACUAUGUUUCUGGAGACGUUAAGAAGUCUUUUCCCGAGGAAUGCAUGUGUCUGUGAAAGUCUCUAUUUUCCUAUAUUUUCCUGACAAUGAGGAGAAGCCUGAGAUCCUCCUGAGCUUACAGUACUGAAUAAACUCGUGGCAGGGACCAUGCAUAGCCAUUUGUACACAUGUAGUCCUCAUACCCUCUCUAGAUAUUCGUAGAUUUGCUUCCCUCGAUGCUCUCUUUUCUAUUGUUCUCUAAGGUAAAACAAGUGUAAACACUUUAAAAGGCUCAAAUGGUGAAAGACCUUGGUGAAAGUUAUUAGAAGAAGGCAGAGUGUAGGUGAGGGAAGGCACAGUAACGGAAAGCAGGCGGCACAGUGGACGAGGUCGUGUGGAAUCUAGGCCCACGUCACACCUGUGGCUCAAAAAAAUACAGCAAACAUCAAGUUACUUUUAGCAAAUGCUUCUUUUGAGAAAUGUUCCAUUAGGUUGACUGGUGCCAAAUGUGUUUACGACAAGGGAGGUUUUGAACACGGCCUGCUUAAUGUUCGAAAAUGUGGUUACUAGGCAACAGCGGUGACUAGGUCAGAGGUCUCAAACUCUGGCAGUCACCGAGUGUCGAGUUUGGUCAGUAGGGGGCGGUCAAGUGAGGAAAAAAACCCAAUGUUUUGAGCAAAUAUUUUGAAAUGAUAUUUCACAUCAUUUCAAAAUAAAAGUGUUUGUUUUGAUAGGGAUUGAUAAAUAUUCAUAAUAUAAACACGUUUAUGAUGCAAAAUGAAUCUAUUCAUAAAAACGACAUUGAGAAAUAACGGGCAGCGAGUUUGAGACCUUGCAAGUAAUGAAGUUGACGUUUUGAAUACAAAUUGAACAAUCCCAAACUCAAACCUUCCUAUCUUGGCCAAGAACAACCUGUAAAAGAUUUUUAAUCUCACUGAAAUGACUGGAAAACAUCAACACAGGGUUAAAAAAAACAGACAAAUGCCGUGGAUUCAACUCAAGUCAGGUGUCCAAAGUAAGUCAAGGGUUUAUUUUGCAGCGAGCUGUUGUCUGUCAUUGACUCCUACAGGACAACAUGAGUCAGAUAAAACAUGUAAAAUGCUGGUGUGACCGGGCCUUUAGUGAUAGUUUACAGUGUCGCAGGUUUAGUUUUAUAAAAAGGUGACGUGUGAGGUCAUAGAUGCCAUGACCCGUACAGGUGGAUUUUGUGUAUCAGCAGCCAGUGUAGUGUAAUGGUAGUGUGCGUUUCUUAUUUAAAAUAAAAGAGAUUAUGCAAAAGCCUCACUGGUGUCACAGCUUCACACGUUACAGUAAGUAUUAAACAUGUUUUAUAUUGUGAUGUAAGUGGUGGGUGUCGUCAUAGACCUGAACCCCGCUCUCCGGUCAUAUUUUUGUUUUUUUUUACUUUGGUUAUGCUAAAAAUAUACCCACAACUCUCUCUGUUUUUCAUCCAUUCAUCACAAAGUCCAGGUCUGAGCCAUUUCAGUUAGAAAUGGGCACACUGUGCCACACACAUUUGAACCUUUGCUAAAACCUUCCCAUAGUUGUCAUGUUUUAUUUUCAUAUGACGAUGAUAUCAAGACUACAUACACACACAGUUGAGGAAUCUUUUCUUUCUUUUCUUUCCCUUGUAGUUUUCUUAAGUAACUCUUAGAUGUAUCUGUUAUAUUUAGUAUAGUUUUUGUUUAGUUUCCAAACUAUCUGCAUUUAAUAGACCUUGCUAAAGGGACAGACCUUAUACCCGCAGCUCAUUAAAUAUUGCCUGUUUGGAUUUGUUUAUGAUGGAAAUGCACAUAUUAGUGUACAUAGUGGAGGCUGCUCAGUGGCCUUUGUUUUCUUGACUUUUUUUUUUGUUUUUUUGGCAACAGAUUUGUGCUCUCAACGAAACUCCACAAAACUUUUGUUUCCAUGCAUUAUAUACACACUAUAUAUAUACUGUAUACAUCUAUGCCAAUGAUUACACCUCCUCAGGACUGCUCCAUUAACUUUGCUAGUUUCUCUUUAGGUCCAGAGAAAGAGACGUUCUGUUGUACAAGUUUAAAGUAGAUUUUUCCCUUUUUUUUUUUUUUAGAUGCCCGUCGUGAACCACUCGCAUUUCCAAUAACAACGCCAUGUUAAGAUAAGAUAGGUUUAAGUUUAGGUGAACCUUUUUUUUUGUUAUAUAUACUGUAUGUACACUGUUUUCUACUUCUCUUCUUUUGAUUUUAUCAUGUGUUCUGACUCUAACUGUACAUGUUGAAUAUUAAAGUUGACAAGGUUAUGCUUUAA